GAGAAAUGACAAAUUGUACAAGUUUGAAGUUUUUUAUCGGACAAAGGGGUUUAUGGAUAGGAAGAACAUAUUUUUGUAUGUUCCUAAUCUGAUUGGGUAUGGUCGGCUUGCUCUUCUUGCAGCAGCCUUUUUCUAUAUGGAAACCGAUCCUGGUUUAUUCUUGGGGUUUUAUUGUUCGUCUAUCAUUUUAGAUGGUUUUGAUGGAUAUGCUGCAAGAAAACUUGAUCAAGUCACAACAUUUGGAGCUUGGCUUGAUGUAGUGAUUGAUAAUUUGAGUAGAGCAAUGUUAUGGACUUACAUAGCAAAUUGGGGAUGGUUAGURAGUUGCUUAGAGUGGACUGUGUUUGUUUGUACCCAUACAUUGGGAAAACAAUGGAAAAGUGCUGAACAAUCAGUUCCUCCAGUUUGGGUACAAGCUGUUAUGGCAAAUGGUUUCAAGACUCCAAUAGGUACAUUUGUAAUUCUUGGUCUCCAUUGUCUUCCAAUAUGGCUUUACUUACUAAAAAAUGACCUCAUGGAUCAUGUGUUUACUCCAUGCGUUCAAGCUUACUUYACAAUUGCCUUAUCUACUGGUAGACUGCUGUGUAUGGCAGUAGAGUUAUGGUUCAUCUACAAUCACAUCCAAGCAAUGGCAGCCUGGGAUGAUCGUCCAUCGACGCCACCGAAGGUUGCUAGUGACGAUGACAUUGGCGAUGAUGAUGAUGAUGAAUAUGAUGAUGGCGUUGCUUGUGAUGGAAAUGACGAUGUGGUUGCCGAGGAGGUCAAACCAAUUGAAACAAAGCCUAAAAGUGAGAGGGUUGUUCGACGCGUAAGAAAUAAAGGYCCUUCUAUACAACCUACACCUGGAUCGACUAUAAUAAACAUGGGGGUCACCCCUCAAGGUAGGCGUGGCUCUUCUUCAGAAUCGCCGUCGAUUAGACGUCAAACCGUUGGAGAACYACAGCACAAAAGGAGGCUCAGUCCAGGACCUUUUAGAAGGAGACCUGAUCAUGAUAGAGAACGGCCUUAUGGACCACGAGGACGCCCUCGUGAACGAAGGCCAGAAAAUAUGCCGCCAUAUCCAUCAGACCACCGCCCUAGACCACAAGACGGCAGCCCUGGAAGUAGAAGGAGACCACGAAGAGAAUAUGGACUAAUUGAUAGUCAAGGAAGAAGGCAAAGACCUAGGAGACCGGAAAUGGAUGGAAGAAUACCAAGACCUCCCGAUGGUAUGCGUAGGAGGAGAAGAAGCGAGAGUCCUAGUAGACGACCGAUUGAUGGUAUAGAGCGACGACGAAGGAGSGAGAGUCCUGGAGGAAGGAGAAGGUUGAGACCAAUGAAAGAUCAUGACGAAAGAAGACUUCCGGAGCUAGACGGUCGUUCUUUGUCAGUAAUGCRUUCAACUCAUUUAGAAAGACUCAAAUCAGAAAGAAAUGAGUUCCAAAUAGAACAAGACACUACAAAUAAAGAUAAGCCAAGGCACCAUUCACAGGUUGGAGUGAAAGAAAAUGAUCACGAAGAACCUGCCGAUCCUUCACUGUCAUCUCAACAGAUAACACAAGAUGGUGAAGAAAAUGUAACAAGUACACUAUCCUCUCAACCUCAACCAUCACCUGAUGCUGCUCAAUCAUCACUGAAACUGACAGAUGGCAAAGAGGAGGAAUCAARUAGCUCGCCUCGGAUAGACGAACAAUUACGAGCUGAUGAAGAUGGCGAAACAAGUCCUGAAAAAGGCGCUUCACCGUCAACACGUAAAAAAAGRCAAAGUGUAUUUGAAAAGUUAGCACGGAAGCCCAAACCUCAAGUUAAUGACAUUAUUGAAACAGGUUCUGUUGGAGUCGAAGGUGAUGAUCAUGCAGGAAACGUUAUUGACUCACAAGUAAAACAACCUGCACGGAAAAAGCGAAUCACUUUUUCGAAAAAAAAGUCGGAGAAACAAAACGAUUUGGAAGAAACAGGGUCCGUUGAUGURAACAACAACGAAACUGAGGAGUCGACUUCACCUCAAAGUACGAGUCCACGCCAGAAAAGAAAGAGCAUUUUCAAGCGUAGAAAAGACAAAAGACUGCAAAAUGAAGAAGGAGUUGCCGGCGAGUAUAAGAGUAAGUCAACCAAUCUUGAUGAUCAAGACACCACGCAAUUAACUGAAAGAAAUAUUACUUCAAGGCAGAAAACAACAGAGAGAAGUGGAAGUCCAUCAAUUGAAAUACAAAAAAGCAACACUGAAAUUACAGCAUCAUAAAACACUUGAGCGUAAGACAWUUUUUCGAACUUGCAAAAUUAAAAAAAUGGGAGCUGAAAUUUGUAUAAAACUAUUUUUGGAGAUUUCUUUGAUUGGUAUUUAUGCCGACUUUCUGGUUUGAGUCGGAGAAUUUUUAGCUGAAAUUUAGACAUGAACAGAAAAAUUGUAUAUGCGAUCGUAUUUUAAGUUUGARAUUGGAACAAAUGUUAUAGCAAGCGUUGGAGGAGGACUGGUAAGCAGUUGGUCCUACUCCUUGAAAUGGAUGCUCCUUGAGUCUGAUUAAAUUGACAUUUGAAAAUUUUCGAUGUUUUUUAUCGUUUGCACACUUUUUUUGUAUAAUGUCAUAGUCCCUAUUAAAUUGUUAUACACAUCUCUAUAGAUUUUAAAAAAUCUGAAUAAGGGAAGUUAGUGUUUAUUAUUGGGAGAGGUGGUAGGUUAGGAUAAAACUAAGUAGUCAACAAUCAAGCCAGUCGACAAUCUGCUCAAUUAUUCAUAUAGAAAUGAAAGAAAGUUAUAGUUCUUAGAAGGAGGCAAUUCCGAAAGAAAGAAUAAAUUCGGAAAAAUUAAUUUCCGACCUCGCUUGGAUUCGAACCCACGACCUUCGG